GAAAAAGUGUGCUGCGUCAAAUAAGGAGAAUGAAAUGAACAUGAUUGACAUUAACCACUGAUUGACAAGGAAAUCAUUGUAGUGAAAAUUUUGAAAGCGAGAUCGAAGAUGUCGAAUUCAGCGUCGCCUCGGUGCAAAGUUUGUGAAAACGGCUUUUCUUCCUCCGGAGAAAGAGUGCCUAGACUGCUGCUGUGUGGACACACUCUUUGUACAAGUUGCCUCUCCAGACUGUUGUCGAGUGAGGACAAUGGAACCUCCUCAAACAACAUCAUCUGCCCUUUCGAUCGUAGCUCAACUUUUGUCCCUCCCGCUGGUGUGGCUGAACUCAACAAAAAUUUCUCUCUUCUCGAAGUUCUUGAUUCUUCUCAAAUAGAGGGACGAGGGAAUGCUUCGAAUUGCACUGUCGAUUCAAAUUUUUCGAGCGCUCGUUUGAGAGCCCACUCUGAGUCAGUUGUUUCUCCUCAGCUCAGUCCUAAUAGUGUUGCAAUUAACCGGAAGUGCGAUGAGAACGAACUUCAUGUGGCAACACUGUAUUGCUUGACUUGUGCAACUAAUUUAUGUCAGCAGUGCUCAGAAAUCAUUCAUUCUACCAAUACACUGUCAAAGCAUAAGCGAAUUCCGAUCUGCGAAGCUCCGACACGCCAGAGACCCCAGUGCAGGUUACAUCCGGGACACCCUGUAGAGCUAGUAUGCCUGGAACCGGCAUGCCAGAUACCCACCUCAAUUCCCCCGAACUCCUCGACUCAGUCCUCGUCGUCUCAAAUGAUCUCGCAGUUCCAGCUUCCAAUGAUGUGCUAUCUUUGUAGAGAUUUCAGUUCCCACAAAGGUCAUAAGUUCAACCUAUUGAUCCAUGAAGCAGAUUCGAUCAAGUCGUUGUUGACCAGCUGCCUGAAUAUCAUUAACAACUUCUCAGACGACGUGACCAUUUACAUACGAAAGUUGAACGCCUGUAUGCAGCUUAUAGAAGGAACCUCUACUAGAUCCCCAUCGUCGACAGGAAGUUCUAUGAGUGUUUUGGGAUCUGAUUUAAAUGCGAAUGCAGCGGGAGUCACAACGGGGCCUAAUGGACAAUUGACGAACGUGAGGGGAACAGCGCUAGUUGCCAGACAACAGGUGCAUGAUUAUUUUGAGGAUUUACGGCAUAAUCUAAGGCGCCAAGAGGAAGUGGCUCUAUCUGUAGUGAACACGUAUGUGAGGGAGAAGAAGCUAGCACUACAGCAGAGCAUGCAGACUCUGACCAUGAUUCUCUCUCAGCUGACCUCCACUGAGACUGACCUGAAGAGGCAGUCGACAUUGGGCGAUGUCGACCUAAUUGUGCGCAGGUCGGAAAUCAGUCGUCUUGUAGACGCAGCUCAAUGGCAACAGUCUCAACUGCAGGAGCUUCUUAGCAGUGGCGGAUCAUCUAGUUCCAAUUCUUACGGCACCAGUGGGUCCAACGGGGCAAAUAGUGGAGGUGGAAAUGGAGCUGUUGUGAAUGUGUCAUCAUGUGAUCCCAGUGUGCCCAUCACAUUCACCAGGGACAAUAGGGUCCACAUAGGUCCGAAGAUAGAGAUGCGUCUGGUGAUGUUGGGUCUGAACAAUGCAGGCAAGACAUCCAUCCUGUUCAAAUUGAAGCAGAACGAGUUCGUGCCCACUACUCUGCCCACCAUCGGCUUCAACGUUGAGACUGUGGAGUACAAGAACCUGCAGUUCAACAUCUGGGAUGUGGGCGGAGACCCGAAGUUGAGGCCACUGUGGAAACACUACUAUCUCAACACACAGGCUCUAAUAUUCGUAGUAGACAGCUCAGAUCAGUCUCGUCUCUCGGAAGCACAGAGUGAGCUGUCUCGACUCAUGUUGGAGAAAGAUCUAAGGAGCGCCAUCUUGCUAGUGCUGGCUAGCAAACAGGACUCACGAGACGCAAUAGGGGUUGAGAUUCUAACCAAUGAGUUGAACCUACACAAGAUCUGUUGUGGUAGAAAGUGGCAUAUCCAGGCAUGUGAUGCGCAAACCGGAGUUGGUUUGGAAGAUGGUCUAGACUGGCUCUCUAGGCAACUUGUGUGGGCCGGAGUGGUAGAUGUUUGUCCCCAGGCGCCUACAACGUCAUCAGCUAUUGAAGCCGGACCUUCAAAUGCAAGAUCUUUGAACCAAGACGCAUCAUCUCGCUAUGCCAUUCAACACACCUCCCUCUCGGCCAAUCAGAAUGCGGCUUUCACGAAUCAAGAAGACUCUUUCACUCACCGAGGAGGAAUGCAUUUAUAUCGGAACUCAUCGAACUCCCAAUUUACAAGAGGCGCUCCGGACUCAGGCCAAGAUCAAAGACGUGUUUUGGGAAGCGGCGAUCAAGUAGGAGUGCAACCUCACGCGGGAGGAGGGGGCGAUUUGGCAUCUGCAGCUUCUCAGAGUCAAGUUUAUUAUUCGUCAAUGGCAACUACUGAUUUAUUACGAAGAGGAGGAAAUCAAGUCACAUUCAACUUCCAGGAUCAAGAUUAUGAUUUGAAUUCGCGUAGGUGGGUGACAGGAGACCCACUGGUACAACUCGAAUACUCAUCGCUGAUUGGUCGAGGUCAUAAUCAAUCACAGCAACAGUACAACCAAAAUAUGAACUUGAACUCAAACUGAAAAAUUGAUAAACAUUUUGCGCUGCAAAGCAAAGGUGUUAAAACUAUUUUAAAUAGUUUCUGCUCUAGUUUAGAAGGAGUAUUAAGUAGAUUACGUACAAGAAAAGAUAUAUUUCACAGUUGAUGCAGUAUCUGUCAACAAGCGUAAGCAACAUUAUUUAUAGUAGAUUAUAGUUGGGAGAGCUUUUAGAAAUUGAUGUUUAUUGUGCGUUUCAAAAACAUGACAAUAACUGGCAAUAAAAACAUGGCAAGGCACUCAAAAUAGUGAAUGGACUAUUAUUAAGUCAGAUACAAAAUUGCUUAUCAGUGUAUAAACUUUAUAUAAAUGUUUGAAAAACCAGUAUUUGUUUCGGUUUUUCUUAAGGUGACAAUCUUCAGGAGUUCAGUUGACACUAUUUAUACACAUUUAUACAAGUAAUCAGCGGAGUGCCACAGGGAUCUUUACUUGGGUCUCUUUUGUUCGUCAUUUACAUAAAUGAUCUACUGUCUCUAAUUGAAAGUACUAGUGCUACUUGUAAACUAUUUGCGGAUGAUCUAAAGGCUUGUAAUAGUGCAAGACAGAGUCUUCACUGCACUCUGGAUAAGUU